AAUAUUCGAUUUUUACCGAUUCCGUAGCAAUUUAACACUCUCGCACGCUACCCGUCAACACAAACACCACACACACACACACACACUUAGUAACGAACCGUACUAAGCGUUUAAGGUGCGGCUAGGCGUAUGGUUACUAUGGCGACAACUCGGAGGUGUUGAAUCGACAUUUUUUUCUUCGCCUUUUCCAAUCACCAUUGCCAGUAUACGUAGGUACACCUGAUAUAAUAUACUUACGCGCAUACCGUAAUCAACCUCGGACUAUACCAUCCUACUAACGCGCACCGACGUAGUUCAACCGGAAAGUCGUCUAUAUUAUAUCUUAUUAUAAAUAACGACGAUACAUAAGUGUCCGCUUACGAGCGCGCGCGUGUCGGCCGGAAUACGCGAGUGACUGUCUCAUCGCCAUCAUGGCUGGGCUGGGCGACACGUCGGGUGACAUUCAGCCGGUGACAGAUCAUGCCAAGGACAUACUGCAGAUGACCCGCGACUCGGAGAUGAUGCAGAGCUACGUUCGGGUGGGCAAGUCCGACGAGUCGGACGACUGCGUCGGUGGAGGUAGCGAGGCAAACGGCGUAUGCGUCGGCGGAGUCGGCGGAGUCGGCUUCGGCCGGGGCGAAUCGGAUUCCGACGAUCUGGCCGGUGCGGCGGGUUACGCGGUCGGCGUCGGUGCGGGCGCGGGCGACGGUCACGGGGGUUCGGGCGCUGGACGAGUCGGCCGGAGGGGCUGCAGGACGACAGCGGGCCGGCGUCACGGGAGACGUAAGGGAGGCGGUGGUGGUGCCGGCGGUGGUGCCGGCGGUUCUUUUGGGGGUGGCGGCGGUGGUGCGACCACGACGUUUGACGAGCUGACGGAAGAGUUCAAGACUCGCAAAUCAGGCACCGGCAAUGGAGGAGGAGUCGGUGUCGGCGCGGGCCGAGGCGGUGGCUUCGGUGGCGGCUGGGCCAAGCGGCACAAGCGCGAUUCCAGGUCCAGGCUGCUUGAAGAGGUGUACACGGACAAGGACCGGGCGGCCGCCGUCAACCUGGGCACACGUGACAUCAAAGCGUCGUUGCGCAUGAAACGACGGCAGGAUCGGAACCGAACGCUGCACAUACCAUCCACGGCCGAGUCACCCACCCUGCUGGCACUGGCCCGACACUGCAUCAACGAUGUGAACGUGUCGCUCGAGUUCAUCGAUAAGGCACUGGAAUUGAGCCCCAAUGACAAAACGGCUUUGGUUUCUAGAAGCAAGUGUUAUUUACUUCUCGGUCAACCACGUUUGGCAUUGAAAGACGCCGAAGUGGCGUUAAACGAGGACAGCACAUAUCUGAAAGCCAUUUAUCAGAAAGCGGAAGCACUGUAUCAUCUCGGUGAUUUUGAACACAGUCUCGUGUUUUACCACAGGGGACUCCACGUUCGACCAGAACUCGAACAAUUCAGGCUGGGAGUGCAAAAAGCCAGAGAAGCCAUCGAAAACGCUAUUGGAAAAAUGAAGGAUACCGCCAUCGUGAUACAACAUGUUGAUUGGGGAGACAAACGUCAAGUAACCGUGGCUAGAACAGUAAACGGAGGUGAUAGUGCCGUCGGCGGUAGCAGAGGAUCGACACCAGCUGUGACAGGGUCGACAACGAGGCGUAAGGAAGCAGCAGUGUCCGCAGCCACCACCAAAAGUCAAUCAAAAAUGCUGCUCAGGGAAUUGUGUGUGGACAAGGAAUAUCUGGAACACUUGACGAUAGAUCCAAACAUUGUGAGUGCAAUUCAAGAAAACGAUAACUAUAUACUCUCCGAAGCGAAGGAUGGCAUUAGUUUUUUGAACGGCCGAGAAGAAUUCUGGAAACAACAAAAACUUAUUAAUUAGUUAAUUAAUUUUUCUGAGAUAGGUACCUAGAUCAAAAUUAAAUAGAUGUAGUUGUACUUACUUAUAGUAGUGGCAUGGUGAGCAAUUUUAAUUAUUGGAGCCAAAUAUGUUUUAUCCAUCCCAUCCGAGACCCACCCACCCAUUCAUAACAGGAUAUAUACUAAAAUUGCUUAAAAUAAAUAAACUUGCUAAUAUCUCAAUUCUCAAGUUCAUAAUUUAGAAGCAACUAAGCAAUACAUUUUACAAAUCUACCACCAUCUAAAAAAACUGCCUCACCACACCACUGACUUAUAGUUUACGUUAAAUGACAAUCGGGAAUGUUCGAUUUAAUUUUAAUUUUUUUUUCUAUUUAUUUAUUUAUUUAUUUACUUGUAAAUAUAAAAAUACAUAAUACCUAUAAAAAAUAAAUAUAUUUGAUUUAUUAA